AUUUUCCACAUGGAUCCCCAAAACCCAAAUCCCCUCAAAAUCCACAUCGUCUCCUCCACCGACUCGCCCGAGUUCACUCACCUAACUCAGUCUCUGACUCGCUCCUCAAUCGUCGCCCUCGACGCCGAGUGGAAACCCAUCCGCACCCCCCAAUCCUCUUUCCCCACCGUCGCUCUUCUCCAACUCGCCUGCCAACUCGGCCCCCGACUCACCCCUGACUCGGACGAGUCAACCGAGUCACUUGACUCGGUGACUUUCCUUCUUGACCUGCUCUCAAUUCCUCUGCCUUCAAUCUGGGAAAUUCUCAGGGAUGUUUUUGUUUCCCCUGAUAUAUUGAAACUGGGUUUUAGAUUUAAGCAGGAUUUGGUUUACUUGUCCUCCACUUUUUGUGCACAAGGCUGUGAUCCUGGGUUUGACAGAGUUGAGCCCUUUUUGGAUAUUACAAGUGCAUAUAAUCAUCUGCAACAUAAGCAGCAUGUAAAGAAGAAACCAAAGCAAACUAAGAGCUUGGCAAACAUCUGUGAAGAAGUGUUGGGCUUUUCUCUAUCAAAGGAACUUCAAUGUAGUGAUUGGUCACGUCGUCCUCUUACAGAAGAGCAGAAAACAUACGCAGCGAUGGAUGCACACUGUUUGCUCGAAAUAUUUAAUAUCUUUCAGGCAAAGGUUGUGAAAGAAGGGAAUUAUUUUCAUAAUAUCAACAAACCAGCUCCCCCUGAUGUGAAUCUUGGGUUGAAAGAGGUUCUUGAGAAGGACGAUAUAAAUAGUAAAAUUUUAAGGAUCAAAUUUAGUGAAGCUUUAGAUAUAGUCCGGGCUACAACUUCUGAUUUUCCUCAAAGAAUAGUUACAGUUGGGGGAAUGAGGUCAAUGUGCACCAUGCCUAUAGAUGAAUCUCUCUUGAAGGUUGUAAAAAAAUAUGGGGAAAAGAUUAUGUUGAAAGAGUCGGACAAAAAGCCUAAGGUUUCCAAAAAGAAAGGAAAGAGACGGUCACCGGUGGCUGAGAAUUGCAAAGAAAACCGAUUAGAAAAUUUGGAUGGUUGGCGAGGCCCCCCACCAUGGGAUUUGUCCUUGGGGAGUGAUGGAUGCCCUAAAUUUCUAUGUGAUGUGAUGGUUGAAGGCUUGGCAAAACAUUUACGGUGUGUUGGUAUAGAUGCUGCAAUACCAUAUUUGAAAAGGCCUGAAUCCAGGGAGUUAAUAGAACAAGCACUCAAAGAGAAGAGAGUGCUCUUGACACGGGAUGCUAAGCUGCUAAGACAUGAGUAUCUGUUAAAGAAUCAAAUAUAUAGGGUGAAGAGUCUUCUAAAAAAUGAACAGCUACGUGAGGUCAUUGAAACUUUCCAGUUGAAAAUUAGUGAGGAUCAGCUGAUGUCAAGGUGCUCCAAAUGCAAUGGGAGGUUCAUUCAAAAGCCCCUAUCCACUGAAGAGGCUGUUGAAGCUGCAAAAGGUUUCCAAAGAAUACCCAACUGCUUGUUUAACAAGAAUAUAGAGUUUUGGCAGUGCAUGGACUGCCACCAGCUUUACUGGGAGGGAACCCAAUAUCACAAUGCAGUCCAGAAGUUCAUUGAUGUAUGCAAGUUGAACGAGUAAUCUGUAAGUUCAUAAUCAUUUUGCACUAAGAUGGCAUUGGUGCCACUUUAUGACCCUUCUGUCUGAGUCGGCGUCCUUUUCACUUAUACGUGUAAUUAUACUUGAUGAUUCCAUGUGUUCAAGUUGUGUAUCUUUCUCACCCAUAUCUUGCAUAUGAUCACGACAUCUCCCCCCCUACUUUGUUUCAGUGUUGUUGUGUAUAAAACUGGCUGGACCUCUUUGGGGAAAAAGCUGUCGGCCAAAUUGAAUAAACUAAAAAGGUGUUGUAGCAUGGGCAUGCCUUUUAUCUUUAA